GCAAACCCAUAAUUAAACACUAGCUAAGUAGCUAAGCUAACCUAGUUAAGCUAAUCAGGCCAUGGCUACCUGGUCCAAGGCGUCUCUGAUCAUCGCCGCCAUCUUCCUGCUCAGCCUGAGCUGCUCGGCGAGCGGCGUCGCGCAUGGCCGCCGGAGCAGCAGCAGCAGCAGGAGGCUCGUCAGGAGCUACGACGAGCCGUGCAAGAAGAUGAGGCUCUACCUCCACGACAUCCUCUACGACUACAGCAACAGCACGGCGAACUCCACGGCGGCGGCGGCCACCAAGCCGACGGCCCUGAGCACCGCCGUGUCGAAGAGCGGCUACUUCUUCGGCAGGGUGGUGGUGUUCAACGACCCGGUGACGGAGGGGAAGGCGCUGGAGGAGACAGCGGUCCGGGCGCAGGGGCUCUACUUCUACGACCGGAAGGAUGCGCCCAACGCGUGGCUCGCCUUCUCCAUCGUCUUCAACUCGACGGCGCAGCAGGGCACGCUCAACCUCAUGGGCGCUGUUAUCAAUUUUAAUCUUGGGAUGUUCUUCACUACCAGCCCCAAGAAAAAUGAUGCUAUACCCGCAGUAACAAUGCCGGUACCAGACUACCAGCCCCAAGAACAAUGA